AUGGGUUUAACUUUCAAAACGAAUUUAUUUUUUGUUUUAAUUUUUUUCUAUUCAAGUUUCAUUUAUCAAAGUAUUUCAAGUUCAUCAAGUAUCGUCAAUCCAAAGUUUCAUAAACGAACAUCGAUUCAUGAAGCUAUGAUUCUAAAAAGAGAAGAUAAAUCGAAUCUAACAGGUCCAAAUCAAAACCUAACAACUGGAAACGGAUUAGAUUCAAAUUUCACUGGUAGCGGUGGUACUACUCAGGAUGGUAAUGAUUAUCAAAACUUAAACGAUGAUCAAAAUCUUACUCAAUCGGAUAAUGGAAACUCAAAUUUAACGGAUGGCAAUGAUACUAAAUCCAAUCAUACUUCGAUUCCUAAUUCUAUUAAUUUCCCGGGUGAAGAAGGAAAACCUGAAUGUGAAAGUGGUGGUGAAAAAUUAAUUGAACAUGAUUGUAAUCGUGCUUUGCUUGCUCUUGGAACUGGAAUUGCUGGUAAGAUUAAAUUCUUGAGGGUCAGUAAUGACACAGCUACUGGAACGUUUAAAACUUGUAAAGUUACUGUGCAAAGUCUGGAUGGUAAACCAGUCCAUGUUUCAAAAGGAAGAUUAGAACAUGGACCUGGAUAUGUUGAUUUUAUGAAGAUUUGUAAAGGACAACCUGGUACUAUGAUCUUAGGUGGAGGUGAAUUUGGAAUGACAAUUGAAUCUUCUGAAUGUGAUGGUCAAUAA